CAACUGUAACAUUGAAAUCGUUUUAUUAUACAGCAUUAAUUAUUACUUUCCAGACUACACUGCAACCAUUCUAUCCUAUAUUGUACUACGCCUCUUCGAUCGUAGAACACGGGCUAAAAUUCGCGACUUUCGAGCCGGCAGAGGUUAUGUUCUGAUAGAUCUUUAAACUUGACCCUAUACAUGUAAUACAUGUUCGGUUAGAAACAUUUGUUAAUGAAUGAAUUACAGUUGAAACAAACUUAGACAGAUUUUUACAGUGAAGUGUAAUAUAAAAUAUAUAUGUACAUUAAAGAACAAUCGGUCGUGCAGAAAGUGAAAGAUUCUGUUAACUCAAAAAAGGUUAUAAAAUGGAAUUGUUUAUGUCUGAGUUACAGUCAAUUUCUCGCUCUGCUUUAAUAGGUUCCCCCUCUUAUCCUUCACAAUAUGUUUCGGUUAGCAUUCCUUGGAGAGUAUAACGGGUAAAUUACGUAUAAUUAAAUUUGUAACAAAACAUGACUUUGCUGGAGUAAUGAAUCUAUAAUUUACCAUACUUCCUGAAUAUUUGUUUACAUCAUAGCCUGUUUUUCCUUGUACAGAAUGGAAAAUAGUGUUUCAAUACAAUUUAGAUCGUGCAUGUAACUUAGUUGUUAUGCCUUCCAUGUUGAUAAACUUCUUGAUUUUAAUUUCACAUUUAAUCAUCUGUCUAUGAUUCCAAAAGGCCCCAGAGUGGUUUGUUACAACAGAGAGAUCUAGCAGACUUGAUGCACAUGAUAAAAUCAUCUUGGGUGACCAGCUCUGUGAACGGAGAACAGAAGUCUGUUUCAGAGCCUCCGUCUGUCUCCAUCAUCAUGGAAUGAUGUUCAAGACAUAUAUUAAUACACAUACUUUUUGUAAAAUGUGAAUGAAUUCCCUUUAUAAACUUAACAUCCAGUUUGGUCUCUUGUCACUCAGUGUAUUUAUUGUUGAAUGAGUUUCUCUAACAAAGUAAUUUACCCAGUUAGCCUUUACAGUACUGCAAUUCAAGGGCCACUAUUUUAAGUGAUCAGUGCUUUCUAUUCUUAAGUAAUUCAUCUUUUUUAUCAGGAAUAAAUUUAUUGACACUAAAACAAGUGCUGUAAUGCCUGAAGUAUGAAUAAUGGAGGAUUCUGAAGAACAUGAACAUCUUCUAGAACCUGUUGUCAUUCUAACAGUGAAACAAGAGCAGGUUGAUGCCACCGAUACAGAAUAUGAUGAUCAUUUUCUGAGUGGAGAAAAGUGUGAGUUUAUAACUACACACAAAGAAUGCAGCACUGAUGGUGAAACAAAUAAUGGUGAAUUCAGAAGUGUACAAGAGAAAGGUGGGUCUUCUACACAAUCUUUUGAAAUACCUUCACGAUACAUUAGAAGUAACAUGCCUCAGGAAGAUACAGAGCAAUAUGUAGGUAUCAAUAAUGGCUUAAUCAACCACUACAUUUGCUUCAUUUGUAGCAAAACAUUCAUGGAUAAAGAUUCUUUAAACCGACACACAAAGGAGCAUGACAUGGACCGGCCUCAUCAGUGUGUGCAGUGUAGAAAACAUUUUGAAAAGAAAGUGUAUCUCAAACGACAUAUUACAUCAGUUCACACAGAAGAAACUCUACAGUGCCACAUGUGCAAAAAACAAUUCAAACGAAAGCAAGAUCUUGCCAAACACAUACGGUUACAUGCUGGAGAUGGCCAUCAGUGUACUGUUUGUAAGAAGCUGUUCCGCUCAUAUCAACUACUAGUGGACCAUUUCAGAACCCAUACUGGAGAGAAACCACAUAACUGUCUUGUAUGCAAAAAGUCCUUCAGGUUGAAAAGCCAUCUUACACGACACUUUAAAGGUCACACUGGGGAACGUCCUUACAGGUGCACUGUCUGUCAGAAAUGUUUCAUAACACAACAAGACUUGAAAAUUCAUGUGAGAAUUCAUACUGGUGAGAAACCAUUCAAGUGCCAUGUAUGUGUGAGUGCAUUUAAAGACAAGAGUGCUUUAAAUAAGCAUGUUUCAAUUCAUAUUGGUGAAAAAAGACACAAAUGUCCCUCAUGUAAGAAGGCAUUUAUGCGUCGAGGGGAUCUAGUGAUACACAGCAGGAUUCACACAGGAGAAAAACCAUAUAGUUGUGCUCAUUGUGGCAGAGCUUUUACAGUGAAAUGUCAUUUGGGUAAACACUUACGAACAAUACACAAAGGGGUUGCAAUUUAACACUGUCUUUGUUGAUUAAGAUUGGACAUAAAAUGUUAACGAAUGAGAAAUUCCAAAAACAGAUGGCCUAUGAAAUUGGCAGUGAUACAGGUACAUUUUUAGCACACUAAAGAAAUCAUCCUCUACUAUAGUAUGAUAUCCUUGCUCUUACUUAAGGUGGAGUAGGAAGUACAAAACCUUCACACAGUACAAUUCACUUAGGUUCUAUCAUAUUGCAGAAAUAUAUGCUGAUUGUUCAAUGAAUCCAUAAGUAAUUCUUCUGUAUCCUAAGAAGUUUCACAGUUCAUUUGUUUAUACCUACAGAGAUAUGUCCAAGUUUAUACAAUAAAUUAACCUUUAUGAGAGAAAUUUUUCCAUAAAUUAGUAGGUCUACAAUAUUUCAGUCACAUUAUUACUGCACUGUUUUCAACACAUAUUGUAUCUUUGGAUUUAGAGAAGCUGCAAGAUAAAAACCAGUGUCUUUUAUUGACAGUAUUGUGGAAUACAGUAUAGCAAAUGCCAAUAUUUAUAGUAAGUUACAUUCCCCUAAAUGUUGUAUAUAUAGCUCAUUCUUUAUCAUUUUGUUUUCAGGGAAAUAAAUAUUUUAAUUUGGAUACUCCAA